AUGAACACACAAACCUUUGCCGCUCGCUUAUCAACUCUUCCACCAUCCCGAAGGGACGUCUUGACUGCAGUUUUCCGCAAAGCGCAGGAUAUAGUUCUACCAACAGGUAGUCGCUGGCCAGACCCAGAGAAUUCAAUCGGACGCUACAUCGGCAAAACCAAAUGGUACCACAUCUGGGAAGCAACUGGACCUGCGCGAGAUGUCUUCAACAAAAUCGCUCCAAGUAUCAAAGCAUAUCUUGAGGAUGCGGUGGAGCCGAUCUCAAGCAGAGUUACUUGGUCAAUGUACAUGAUCGGGAGGGUGCCGAGCCUGACAUCUCCGUCCAUAAUCUUCUGCUGCGGGGUACUAGAACACCGCCGACAUGUACGAAACACCAUUAAAUACAGCGGCAUUUUGAGCGGCUAUUCAGGCAUCAAGACUGGGCACUUGCCCAGGCCUCCUGAUUUUAAUCAGUUGGUACCUCUCGCAGACGAAGAAGCAUCGCAGUAUUGGGAUGGUAACAUUAUGUUGCUGACCUCACGGUUCAAAAGCCCGUGCGGCUCCCAACUCUUUGUCAAUGCACAUGGACCUGACUCGGAAGGGCUCUCCGCCAAAGCAACGAUUGGUGGUGUGAUUCAACUUGGAGACCACUGUUAUUAUACGACCGCAGCACAUGCUUUAUUGCCAACUCCGUAUUCAGCUUCUGGUCAUGAGGCAUUGCUUCCCAAUCAAGACUACAAAGAAGGAGAUGAUGCUCUCAGCCUCGACAGCAGCGUGGGAGUAGACAGCGCAACAACUCACCCGCUCAGAGAGAAGAGUACUGCAGCUUUCAGUCCUGAGCACUCCCAAAUUUCUGAAAAGGUGCUUGGGAAGUCAAAAGACACUCAAAUUGGGAAGGGAGAUAUACCGAGCCCUGGUGAUUCAAAGAGUCAUCAUUUGACAGACAAUUCUCCUUCAUUCAUCGCCAACCCUGAAGAGAUGUUGCUGAAGCCGACGGGCAGACCUUUCAUUACCUCGAUGGGACCUCAAGGCCAAUCAACUGGACUCGAUUACGUGUUGAUAAAUAUGUCAUCAAGGGAACGUAUUGUGGAGAAUAUGAUCAGCCUCGGACACUAUGAUCCAUCCAUUCUCAAAGUCCAAUCUGUCAGCAGAUCAAACCCGCGGGAUAUGGAAGUUUUCGCAGUCACACGCAGGGGCGCUAUCAAGGGUUACGUUUCGGGAACUCCGACUUAUUCAUCUGCCCCAGGCAAACGCACCUUUAGUAAGAUGUUUAAGGUCAAUUUGGAUGGACCAUUAUAUAGGGGUGAUUGCGGUACAUGGGUUAUCGACGCCACAGAUGGAGACCUGUUCGGCCAUAUAGUUAUCGGAUCUCCGGGAGACCGCACUGCUUUGCUCACUCCAUUUGCUGAUAUCUUCGACGACAUUUUCUUGAGACUGGGCGAGACACCAACCUUUCCUACCGCAACAAAUGAUAUUCCUUUCGGAGGUUUCCACAGCCACCAAACAUUCAUCAAUGCCAUCAGAGCUAGGUGUCGGUAUGAAGGUGCCGAAUAUUUCCCGGAAAAGAUCGCAACCAAAUAUCUCCCGGAAAAGAUCACAGCCGAAUAUCUCGAGGAAACGAUCACAGCCACCCUGGCUACAGAGCGAAAUCACAGAGACACCUGA